AGUAUGCCUCCACUGAGAACUGUAUAUUGGGUUCAGAUUAUUUUGGUUUAUGGAUAUCUGGCAAAUCAGAUUUUCCUUGUUUUCUCCUUAACUCCUCAUUUCCAGCACAUGUAUAUUUGGUUUGCGCUCUUGGUUAACUCCAGUUCUUCCAGUUACUGCUUGAUUAGCUGCUCUACAGGAUUACUACACAAGAUUAGAAGAAAAAAAAAGGAAAAUCCCUUCCAUCUGCCUACCUGCCAGAGGAUCCCCACAGUUCUACACCUGUGCUCAUCUUUGACAAUCUGGAUAGCAAUUUAUAACAACAAUAUACUAUCAUAACUAUCAGUGGAUACUGUGUAACAGGUAUGCACAGGUGUGGGAAGGUUUGGUCACAUCGUCCGAAGUGAAGCGGCGACUAUUGCACAACAGCUUAAUUUUCAAGCCACAGGAAGUCACUAUGUGGAAACUCAUAUGGACCUGUAUCCUGUUUUGGUUAGGCUGCAUUUUUGCAAUAAGCCAGCUGGAUAUUUCUGCAGGGGAAGUUGACCGUAUUCCCAUGUUUGGAAACCCAGAUAAGCGCUCACAAAGAUUGUUUCAAAGGUUUGUGGAAAAGCCUGCAGACCAUGGACUCUUGCCGAGAAAUAAGCGUAAUGUUUUUCUGUCCAGUGGACUACGCCUCUGCAGUCAAGAAACAGUGCAGCAAGCCAUCAGUAACCACCUGAAAUACUACCAGCUCAGAGCAUGUCAGGAAAUCGUGUGGGAGGCUUUCAAAACCUUCUUGGAUCGCCUCCCAAAUCAGGACGAAUACAAGAGCUGGAUGAGCCAGUGCCAGACAGAAAGACUCUCUAUACAGGAGAUUGGCGCUGCCUUUAGCCAAUCAGAAGAACACUUAGCACUUAUCCACAAAAGACUUGCGCAGACGGGGCUGAAAAGUAAUACACCUACAUACUCAGUAUGCAGACCUGAGGAGUCUUCCCAAGAGCAAGACCAUGUGCCACCAGGUGAUGAGCUCCCAGCAGAGACCACUGUGGUGGUGACCACGGCGCUUCCACAUGAGGUUGUCUCAGAGAGUGUGAAGGAAGUUACUGCAGAAGCACCAUCUGCUGUCAUGACAAUGGAGAUGGAUACUGAGAUCACUAAUGAGAUUGAGCAGGAAGCAGCUGCUUCGCCUUCACAUCCUCUGGUUGAGCAGAAGGUGGAGCUGGCUAUGUUAUUGACUGGAGAACCAUGGAGUGAAGAGCUGUUCAACUCCACCAGCAGUGAGCAUGGCAGACUCACUCACAAGAUCACAGAGAAGAUUUCAGCUGCUUUGAAGAAACUGACAGAAUUCAAGAGUGUAUCGGUAUUGAACAUCAGGCCACAGAUGGAUCCCUCAAGUGGUGAUAAGGCAGUAUUGGUGGAAUAUGUUGUGUCCCUCCAGACCAGCAGUGAAGAGAUCAGCAGUGAGACACUGGACUUCAUUAAUCUUCAAUCCAACAUGGUAGAGGGCACCUUUAGUUACUCAGAAGGGCCCACUGUUCAGUACACCAUUAUUGACAUCCACCCCGACAUCACUGAGGCUCUGCAUGUGGAAACCUUUCCAGAGGAAAGCCAUCCUGCAGAAGAAUCUCUAGACCCUGACCACAAGGAUGAUAUCUUAGCAGUAGAAAAAACAUCUGAGCUGCCUGGAGAGGUGAUGGAGGUCUUUACUAUUGGUGACCUUUUGGAUUCUACAAUGUCAGAAGAAGAAGACCUUCAAGACAAGGACUUGGUGUCACAGUUUCUUCCCAACCUGACUCCUGCUGUGGAUAGUGAAGCUGUAGGUCCCAUUAUUUAUGCCAAGCAAGACAGUGGCUUGACAAUUGAUGAUUUUAAUCCCGCCUCUGGAUCUGGUGCAGAAGACGAUUGGGUAACUGUACUUACUAGGGCUCAAGAGCCAGUUGGAGAGACAGAAGGUGAGGAAGAGGUUUUGAUUGAUGUAGACACGCCACAGAUUGAGGACUAUGAAUUCUCCACAAUUACUACAGUGGUUGAAGAGGACCAGAUCUUGCCUGAGGAAACUCCUGAACUGAAUACUGUUAAAGCUGGAGAAGAUGGAAAUCUACAGGUUGGUAGCGAAGUGCCCACAAUGCCGCCAGUCAAAGUGGCUGAGGCAGAAUCUACCCUAAAACCCGAGGUUUUACCAGGUACCUCAUCACAUACCCUAAAACCCGACAUUAUACUACCUGCAGAAGAAGAGAGGACAGAGGAAGACAACGAGGAAGAAACUGUGUUAACAGAAAUGCGAAAGGAUGAGGAAACUGAAGUUGCUGUGAUCAUAAAGGAAGAAUCAGAGGAUGUUGAAGAAGAGGAACAGGAAGAAUCUAUUGACAGUACCACAGUGGCACAGGAGGAUGAUUUUGUACUAAAGGAUGUUUCAGCAAUACAGUUUUCAGAGGAAGUUCUAACAGAGGAUGAGAUCCUAUUGGUCACCAUUGAACCAGCAAGCCCAGUCUACCCAACUCCUCUUUCAACUGAGAAAGAAUCACCCUUCUCCCUCAUCACCACUAUUACCCCAGCGGAGGUGGAGUUGGUGCAUACCUUAAAUUCAAAAGUUAUGACUACAUCUCUAGAUGUGAUUCAUUACAAAGAGGAAGAGGGUAGUGGCAUCUCUGGUGUCAUCCAGGGUGAUGAAGUUUCCAGCAUAGCCUUGCCAACUAACCCUGGGCGGUCUUUGAUAGUGUUUUUCAGUCUUCGCGUAACUAACAUGAUAUUCUCUGAGGAUCUGUUUAAUAAGAGCUCUGCAGAGUACAAAGCCUUGGAGCAACGGUUCCUUGAACUGCUGGUGCCAUAUCUGCAGUCAAACCUCAGUCACUUCGAGAACCUGGAGAUCUUGAACUUCAGGAAUGGAAGUAUUGUGGUGAACAGCCGUAUGAAGUUUUGGAAGCCUGUUCCUCGUGGAGUCAAUACUGCUGUUUUCCUCAUUCUAGAGGAUUUCUGCAACACAGCUUACCAGACCAUGAACCUCGCCAUUGACAAAUAUUCGUUGGAUGUCGAAUCAGGGGAACAGGCAGACCCGUGCAAGUUUCAAGCAUGUAAUGAGUUUGCUGAAUGUACAGUGAACCAAUGGUCAGGUGAAGCUGAAUGUGUGUGUAAUGCUGGUUACUUCAGCAUGGACGGACUACCCUGCCAAAGCAUCUGUGACCUUCAGCAUGACUUCUGCUUGAAUGAUGGGAAAUGUGAUGUCAUUCCAGGCCAAGGAGCCAUCUGCAGAUGCCGUGUUGGGGAAAACUGGUGGUACAGAGGAGAACAUUGUGAAGAAUAUGUUUCUGAGCCACUCGUAGUUGGCAUUGCCAUAGCAUCUGUUGCCGGGUUCCUUCUGGUGGCGUCAGGAGUAAUCUUUUUCCUAGCAAGAACUCUGAGAGACCAAUAUGACAAGGAUGAGACGGAGGACCCAGUACGGAGAGAGGACAGUCCACCAUUUCUAGACAUGGCCACUAAGUAUAACCCCAUGUUUGAGAGCGAUUUAACUACAGGCUACAGCCAUUACUACCAGCGGUACCCCGAGCCCCCAGUCCACAGCAGCGCCAGUGCCGAGGCAUCCACAGAGUUCAGCAGCGAAGAGAUACGGCAUAUUUAUGAAACCAGUGAACUCACUAAGGAGGAUAUUCAAGAUCGCAUCCGCAUCCUUGAACUCUACACAAGAGAUCGCCAAUUUGCAGAUUUUUUGAAGCAGCAUCAAAUAGCAAUGGAUAAUCAAAGAGAAAGUUCCUCCAAUAGUCAAUAGCAGUCCAAUGUCCAAUAGCCUGCUGAGUGCAAAACAAUGAAGAAACUUGGGUUGUCUUUCAGGAAAUGGCAUCUUAGUGAUUCCAGAGCAAUUUCUCUUCAGCCUCUCUGAGACUUUGCCAUCGCAAAUUAAAAUGGCUACC